AUGAUAAGGAUUAGGUAUAAGAGCAUAUCCGCAGAGCGCCAUGCACGUCUGGAACUCUCGGAGGAGGACUUUGACCGACAGAUCCACGCCAUCGGCUCCGGGUGGUCGCCCCGCGAGACAGAAAUCUGCCCCCAGUGUAAGGGCCUUGAAGAUAUCGGAUCCUCGUCUGAUCCCGCCAUCCACCGCAAUUUUGAUCCGAUUCUUAGCCACCGGCGCGCAUUCGCGCAAGGCGUCCAGAGUCGCGGGGACCCCGUCCAGUUGCCGACCCCCGUGGUUGGAGUUGAGGAUACCGUCGCCGCCGUGUUAAAUGCUAGUUCAACAUCCUCAGGGUUGAGAACUAUCCAUGUAAUGCACCCCUCCCAAGUGAUCGACGGGUCCCAUGCUGGACGCUUCUUCUGCACGCCGGUGGGGUCCGAGAUUCCCUCCGAGCGCUUCUUGGGUUUGGAUGGCAGUAAUUCAAAUCUGUCUCUGAGAACAGCGGCUUCUAUUCAUCUCAUGCUAUAUCAGGCAACGCUGCUGACCCUCCGACCUCUUAUGCUCCACAUCACGGAGCUGAUACUGAGCGGGAAUCCGCCAUCGAGCGCGGAGCUGACCGGCGGCACGCUGGGGAAGUUGUCCACGACCUGUUCCGAAGCGGCUCGUCGCCUUCUGAAUGUGGUCACUGCGCUCAAGAAUCGAAAUCUUGUUGCUGUCUACGGUUUCUGCGAAUGUGACGCUAUCUUUUCUGCCGCAUUUAUCAUGCUACUCACCAAGAUCUUAGACUACCGAAUAAACCCUUCCCCAGGGCUGCAGGAGGCCAUGGGGAUGCUGCAGUACCUCGCGGUUCGCGGGAAUUUGUUCGCGAGACAAAGAUGCGAGGAGUUUCAGACCGUCCGUGGCCAUCUAACACCCUUCCUGCCUCCCGAAGAAGAAGUGCUGGGUACGCCGUACGGCACGAAGCAACCCUCCGAAACACCAGCAGGGACGCCGACUAUCCCAGCCAUGAGUGCCGAAGAUCGGAUCUCCUCGACGAUUUCUGUCAGUAUGGCACAUCAACCAACGAACGACCAGAAUAUUCGCCCAGAUGUCCCACAAGCAAGCGAGAGCAGCCAACCCUGGCACGCCCCGAUGUGGAACAACGGCAUGUGGCUCCCAGUGGAUGUUUGGGAGAACGAUACCCACGGUCUGGGUCACUUGGUGGCCGACAUCCCGCUGCAGGAAUCAUUCAAUCAAUACCAGUCUUUACUCAAUGACCCGGGGUGGUCAAUAACUGGUCAAAAUGUGGGGGAUUUUGCGGAGCUUCGACGGCAUGUUCUGUGGCUCAAUUCUUAG